AUGUUGACCUGGAAUGUCUGUCGGUCUUCGAACAGCGCCUGUUCGAGAAGUUCGGCUCAGCCAGGCUCUGCAGGAAACUAUCAGUGGGGCCUGGAUGCUGGGAACCAUCAAGAUGGUUGGGACCCAUAUGCUGGGCUCCCAUCCCACUGGAACCACGAGGAUCGUAAUGAAGGAGAUCCCUGGUUAUGA